AUGAAUACAGUCGCAACUGUUCAAUCUAUGCUAUUAUCAACAAUGAAGAAACCAUUGAGCGUGGACGACUCAACCGCGUUACCUGCGAAAAGAGUCAAACGUUCACUUGAUGUCACAUCACAUUGGAAGAAAAUACAAAGAUUUGUCGAAACCAGUACUACACAAGUAUUUGAAUGCAGAUCAAAAACUGAUUAUUUAACCAUGAUCGAUCCAGUUGGCGAUCGAUCGCAUUUUGUCAUAUCGAAAUCUAGUUAUUAUUGGCUCAAUGAAUCGAUACGUUUAAUGCAGCAACAUAUCGAAUAUGGAACAACUUUUGACGCGGCUCUACUGGGUGAAAUUGUUGAAAUCGAACGAAAUCUCAAAGCACUCAAAUGCAAUGUGGAAAAACAGGGAAUUGCAAAAACGUUUUUCUUCCGUGCCGAAGCUCUCGUAAAUUUGAUUCGAUUAUGCUGUACUCUUCACGAAAAUCCUCCAGAAAAAUUUCGUCGACGUUUACACGCACUAUUCAAUGUUUGUGCGAAUUGUUGGCUGCAUAUGUUUGAUAUCGUAUUACCAAAGUCUAUUGUGCGUGUCGAAGAAAGUUUUCUGUUUGACGAUGAUUAUGGAGAUUUCGAAAAUGAUUCGAUCCUUCGACGUUAUUUGAAAGCAGAUCAAAAGAAAAUCCAAAAAACACAUAUGGACCUACCAAAUCUACGUCAUAUUCUUUACUCUAUUCUUUUACUUAUCGAGAAGUUUCAUAGUUUGCAAUUAGUCGAUGAAGUUUAUCUUGGACGAUUCGAAACAAUUUAUCAGAUUUGGUUGUCCAUUGAUAAUGAGAUAAGUUCCCGCGAGCAAAUUUUAGUGGAGAAAAUGAAGAAAACAUCGACGAAGAAGUCCACACAACGAAUUUCAUGGAAUUUUAUUGGCGAUUGUCAAAUAUAUGAGAAAAUGUUCGGCACAUUUACUAGUAAUAUGAAAUGA